AUUAUAAAAAGAAGUUAUUAAAAAUCGAAUUAAUAUUUAUGCACCAUUAAUGAGAUAUUAAACAAAAAAAAAAAAAAAAACAAGUUUAGUUCGUAAUAAAUAUAACAAGAAAUUAAAAUUUAAAUAAAUUAAAAAUUAUUACAAAAAAAUACGGUCAUUAAAAAAAUUUACAGUCUGGUUUUUGAUAGUGUGUGAGAAAUUAAAUAAAUGUUUUUAUUUGUAGUAACAAAAUAGAAUUGUUUAAUAACAUAAUAAAUGUUUUUAAUAAUUUUAAAAUAUAUUAAAUAAAAUUAAAAAUAAAAACAAAUAUUCAAUAUUGAAUAAAAAUGUAAUAAAAGAAAAACUAACGCUUAAAUAAAAAUUGCUGCAAUAUGCAUUUCCAGUAAUUCCCGAUUUAUUUUAUUUGAGAUCUUUUGCACACACUCAAAUAUUUGAAGUUCUUUCUUACCGAAAAACGAAAAUUUGACGGUAAUAUGGUGGAGUCAUCGAGCUUGGGCAGAACAUUGAACAAUGCCCCAGUUCAGCCACUACCCACACAAUCACCCUCCGGCAUGCGUUGCGGUACAUUGGAGACACGCGUGCGUGGAGCUUGGUAUCGCGUGUUAGUUACUUUAGAAACAGAUUAUUUAGCCAUUAGUCUCGAUGAGACGUGUGAAAAUGCUGGAUCCGGUGAUCAAUCGACCACAUUAAAUGGUACUUUAGGGAGUAAUCAUAGUGGACAUAAUGGUACUAUUCCAUCUUCUGCUUCCAUGCAGGGCAUGGGCCAAAGUAGUGGUGGCAGUAGCAAUACUAAUGAUAUAGAUGUAACAGAUAAUUGCGACCAUUUGCUAAACAACAAUACUUUAGAUAGUGGCAUGGAUAUGUGUGAUGUACCUGAUCAUGUGGCAAAUCAAAAGAGACACGUGCGCAUUAUAAAAUCCGAAAAUAAUGGUCUUGGUAUAUCUAUCAAAGGCGGUCGUGAAAAUCGAAUGCCAAUAUUAAUAUCAAAAAUUUUUCGUGGCAUGGCCGCAGAUCAAGCUAAGGGUCUCUAUGUGGGCGAUGCUAUUCUUUCCGUUAAUGGUGAAGAAUUGCGAGAAGCUACACACGACGAAGCGGUUAGAGCUUUAAAAAGAGCCGGUCGAGUGGUUGACUUGGAAGUUAAAUUUUUACGAGAAGUUACACCGUACUUUAGAAAGGCCAGUAUUAUUUCGGAAGUGGGCUGGGAACUACAACGAGCAUUUCUAUGUCCAUUAGGACCCGGCGUAUCAGCCUCACCCCCUGCACCAAAAACUACACCAAGAGCCGAUACCCGCUACAUACCAUUGCAAUUAACACAUUUGGCUCGUAACUUGAAAUACAUCGAUCCAGAAAAUCGUUGUCUGGAACUACAUUCACCUGAUGGUGUACAUUCGUGCAUAUUGCGCGCUUCAGACUCGGCGGAAGCAUUAGUAUGGUUUAAUGCCUUGCACAGCGCUAUGAGUGGCUCUACUCAACGUGCUUUAGUGGAGGCCAAUCGGGCUUUAAUAAAUGUCAUUGGUGAACUGAAACACAUCGGAUGGCUGAGCAGACGUUUAAGCAAUGGCAGUAGUAGUGGUGGAGGAGUAGUGGCAGGAGGUGGAGGCAAUGGCAGCAAUGCUACUGCAGUUGGUGCCACUAAUCCUAUGAUAGGCACUACAACAAGUGUUGGCAGUGCUGGUGAAGUGCCAAGUGGUCGUUCGAGUUCGGAGAGCUCUGAUGAAAACGAUAAAUGGCAACCCAUAUUUGUGUCCGUAACUGAACGAGAAUUGCGAAUCUAUGAAAGUGCUCCAUGGUCGGUGGAAGCUUGGGGUCGGCCUUUAGAAAGUUUUGCCUUAGCCACUACUCGAUUGGCAGGCGCGGGUAAUAAUUCAUCUUUAAAUGGACAACAGUCAACUGUGUUUUGUGUACGUUGUGGCACUACGCGGGGAGUUUUAGUUUAUUGGCUGCGCUCGGAAACCCACCGUGAUAUGGCAGCUUGGGCUAGAGCAUUAGUUCAAGGUUCGCAUAAUGCGGUCAACUAUCAGCGUGAAUUUUCAUUUCGUUGCUUGUAUCAAGGCAGACAGUGUCAAUUGGUUGUGCAUUUAAAUCGUGGUUUUUGUCUUUAUGAAUGCGGUUAUACGGCACCCGCUCAAGCUAAAACACAAUUGUGGCAAUUUCCUUUUGAUAAAUUGCGUGGUUCCGCUGACGAUGGCAAUCGUAUGUUAUUUUUGGAUUUUGGCGAUGAUGGUGAAAUUGAAUUGGACAUGGAAUGUUGCCCCAAACCCGUAGUAUUUGUACUGCACAAUUGUCUGUCAGCCAAAGUUCAUAAUAUAGUUUAAAAACAAAAUCAACAAUUAAAGAAAUAUUUACUUUGAAUUUACCGCAUUAGGAGUGAAGGAAUGCACAAGAUGAAAAAUCGAAGGACAUCACAUUUAUUUACACAAGGUAUUUAGUGGAAUAUUUAAGAAAUAAUGGAAAACAGUAAAAGAAAAAGAACUUUUGUAAUUUCAUACUUUAACAAUAAUUAAAAAUAAUUUAAUAAAAUAGAGUAAAACGUAUUACUAAAAAAAGCGUAAAAAGAAAUUCAAAAAAGUCCCAAUACAAAGUAGCAUAAAACAUAUGUAAAAUUUCUAAAAUAAAUCCUAAACAUUUCAAAUUAAUGGAGCUUCCUAAAAUAUAAAACCCCGAAAAAAUAAUAAAACCCUUUAUACAUAUCGUGGUUACUAAGAACACAUACAUAUAUAACUUCAUACAAUAUGUUUUCAAUACCAACUAAUUUAAUUGAUUAAUCAUCAUAAAUAAUUAUUAUUUAACAUUUAUUAAAUAUUUAGUACUUCAUUAUGCUCUUUUUUCAAUAAUAAUACUAUAUAAUUUAAUAAGAAAAUAUAAAAAAACAUUCAUAUGCAUAUGUCUAUAUGAUUGUUCUGAAAUUCAAUUAUUUUUAUUUAAAUUCCAUAAACAUAAGUAGUUUGAUAUAGCUGUGGUCAAUUAAUUAGCAUUUAACUUUAACGUUUAAUUAUUUCAUGUAAUUAUUAACAAUAUUACUGAAAGAAUUUAAAAUUUUUUGCUAUAUAAUGUUGAAAUUCUGCUAUUUUUGGUGCCACUACCGCAUUUAUCCCCGCAGAAAAACAAUACAUUCCCAAACAAAAAAAUACUGACACAUAUUUAUACAUUCACUUUUAUAUACAAAUACAGUCAUACAUACAGAAAUUUUGUAUAAGUUAGUUGUACUCUUAGUUUAUACAAGAUUCAUACAUUUGACAUUGUAAGUACAUUAAUUCAUAAAUAUAAACAUACAUUCGUAUAUAAACACCGAUAUAUAUAAAUAGUACAUUUGAUCAAAACUAAAUAAAUACACACAUAUAUAUACAUCUAUAUAACCACCCGUAAUUACAUAAAUUAAUAAAUCAAAUACUCUUGAAAUAUUCUUAAUAAACUUUUUUAUUCUAACCAAAAAAAAAAUGAAAAUAAAAAUAAAUCAUUCUUCAUAAAUAUCAAAAAUCCGAUUUGAAUCGACUAAUGUUAAUUAAAACUAAUUACACAUUUAAAAUAUUAAUAUUAACAAAAACUAAAUGAAUAAUAAUAAAAUUGUAUAAUUGUAGUACGUAAAAAUUAUUUGGAUUUAUUUUUUAAUUAUCAAGUUUCCGAAUUUAUUUUAUACAUUUUUUUAAAUACACAACAAAUAAGAACAUAUUCAUAAAUGUUAAGUUAUUAAGCCUGUUGGCCAUUUCCAAUAUAACUAAUCUGUAUAAUACGAGUGUGUGUAUUGAAAUUUUCUUUUCUAAUUAUUGUGCAAUAAAAUAAAAAUUUAAUAAAUAGUAUUAAAUAAAAUGAAAACAAAGAACAUAAAUAGUCAUUGUCAAUUUUAUUUUCUUAGGGCCCAUCCAAUCCAUUGUCAUAUGAUAUUCAUAUGUUAUUUUUGUUAUUGAUUUGGUAUUAAUAAAAAAUUAUGUUUGAUAAAGUUAAAAAUCUAAUUCCUCAAAAAAUCGUUCAUUGGCAGUUUUAAAAGAAAAUAAUUAAUUAAAUAAUUUUGAAAUCAAUAAAUAUGUAAAACUUAAA